AAUCAUAAUUUGUAAGUUUCCACUUUGUUUGUAUUCAUCUAAAUCCCUGCUGCCAGCUCUUUUUUCUUCCUUUCUUCUUCCUCACCCACACACCCCACCCCACCAACCACCAUACAUGGCCCCAUUCAAACCCUAAUUCAAGAUUCAUGGAAGAAAUUGAAUUCUGCUUAAUUUCAUCCUUGGGUUUUGUUUGAGAAUUGAUUUCAUAAAUUGAGUCUUGUGAGCUGAGUAACAGUCUUUUUUCAUAAAGGUACAAAGCUUUAAUGGCUGAAAGCUGGGAUGGGAAUCAUGAUCCUGGUAGCCCGUCCGAGGAGAGUUACCAUCUUGAGAGACUGCACAUAGAACCAAUUUAUGAUGCAUUCAUAUGCCCUUUGACAAAACAAGUAAUGCAGGAUCCUGUUACUCUGGAAAAUGGCAUGACUUUUGAGAGGGAAGCUAUUGAAAAAUGGUUCAAGGAAUGUAGGGAUAGUGGAAGAAAGCCUGUUUGCCCUUUAACACAUAGAGAUCUGAAAAGCACAGAGCUGAAUCCAAGUAUAGCUCUACGAAAUACCAUUGAAGAAUGGAAUGCAAGGAAUGAAGCUGCACAAAUUGAUAUGGCUCGCAGAUCAUUAUCUAUGGGUAGUGCCGAGGGUGACAUUAUGCAGGCUUUAAAGUUUGUUCAGCACCUUUGCCAAAAAAGUCGUGCCAACAAACAUGUUAUCCGAAAUGCAGAUCUCAUACCCAUGAUUGUAGACAUGUUAAAAACCAGCAGCCGCAGAGUUCGAUGUAAAGCUCUUGAAACGCUUCUAGUUGUGGUAGAGGACGACGAUGACAAUAAGGAAAUAAUGGCUGAGGGCGACAAUGUACGCACAAUAGUCAAGUUCUUAUCAAAUGAACAAUCCAAAGAACGAGAGGCAGCCAUUUCUUUGCUGUAUGAGCUAUCCAAAUCGAAAAAUUUGUGUGGAAAGAUCGGUUCAGUUAAUGGGGCCAUUCUGAUUCUGGUUGGGAUGGCCAGCAGCAAAUCUGAGAAUCUUGUGACUGUUGAAAAGGCUGAGAAUACUCUGGAGAAUCUGGAAAAGUGUGAGAUUAAUGUAAAACAAAUGGCAGAAAAUGGCCGGCUGCAACCCCUAUUAACUCUACUACUUGAAGGAUCGCCAGAGACCAAACUCUCCAUGGCUGUUUUCCUUGGUGAGCUGGUUCUUAAUAAUGAUGUGAAAGUGUUAGUGGCUAGAACUGUUGGUUCAUCACUGAUCAGCAUCAUGAGAUAUGGUGAUAUGUCAUCAAGGGAGGCUGCUCUAAAAUCUCUAAAUCAAAUCUCGUCUGAUGAGUCUAGUGCCAAGAUCCUCAUAGAGGCAGGUAUACUUCCCCCUCUCGUCAAAGAUCUAUUCUUUGUUGGGGCCAACCAAUUGCCCAUGAAACUGAAAGAGGUCUCUGCCACAAUUCUUGCAAAUAUCGUCAACACAGGUUAUGAUUUUGAUUCAGUUCCAGUUGGAUCUGAACAUCAGACUCUUGUCUCAGAGGACAUAGUUCACAACUUUCUACAUCUUAUUAGCAACACUGGUCCUGCAAUAGAAUGCAAGCUUCUCCAGGUUCUUUUUGGACUCACGAGUUCUCCCACAACUGUUUUUAAUGUUGUUUCUGCCAUUAAAAGCUCAGCUGCUACUAUUAGUUUGGUUCAGUUUAUAGAGGCUCCACAGAAAGAUCUUCGAGUAGCUUCGAUAAAGCUUCUGCGGAACCUCUCUCCACACAUGGGUCAAGAACUUGCUCGUUGCUUACGUGGUACAUCAGGUCAGCUUGGUAGUCUAAUUAAAGUCAUAUCAGAGAACACUGGUAUAACCGAGGAGCAAGCUGCAGCAGUUGGACUUGUAGCUGAUCUCCCUGAAAGAGAUAGGGGACUUACAAGGCAAAUGCUAGAUGAAGGUGCUUUCCAGCUGGCAAUCUCCAGGAUUGUCAGUAUCCGACAAGGAGAGACAAGAGGGAAUCGCUUUGUUACGCCAUAUCUAGAAGGGCUCGUGAAGGUUCUCUCAAGGAUCACAUUUGUUUUAAAUGAUGAGCCUAAUGCUGUUUCACUUUGUCGUGAACAGAAUGUUGCUGCACUCUUCAUUGAACUUUUGCAGACCAAUGGACUUGACAAUGUGCAGAUGGUUUCCGCCAUGGCUUUGGAGAACUUAUCUCAAGAAUCCAAAAACUUGACCAAAUUGCCCGAGAUACCAAAGCCAGGUUUUUGUGUCUCGAUCUUCCCUUGUUUGAGCAAACCACCAGUUAUAACAGGAUUGUGUAAGGUCCAUCGUGGGACAUGCUCUCUGAGAGACACCUUCUGUCUCUUGGAAGGACAAGCGGUAGACAAGUUGGUGGCACUUCUGGACCACACAAAUGAAAAGGUCGUUGAGGCAUCACUUGCAGCUGUAUGCACUUUGUUAGAUGAUGGAGUUGAUAUUGAACAAGGUGUCCAUGAAUUGUGUGAGGCUGAAGGAAUCAAACCUAUACUGCUUGUGUUACUUGAGAAGCGGACUGAGACUCUGCGCAGAAGAGCAGUUUGGGCAGUUGAAAGAUUACUUCGUACAGAGGAGAUCUCCUUUGAAGUUUCUGGUGAUCCAAAUGUGAGCACAGCCCUCGUAGAUGCUUUUCAACAUGGUGAUUAUAGGACACGACAGAUUGCUGAGCGGGCACUGAAGCAUGUUGACAGAAUUCCAAACUUCUCCGGCGUAUUCCCUAACACAGGCUGAUAUUCGUCGAGCUGUUUAGGUGGAAAUUGUGGUCAUUUAUUUCCUCAUUAGUUUCUUAGAUGAAUCACAGUGUGUUGUUGUAUGGAGCAGGUAAAUAGUAUUUUCAUUUCUUCUUUAUAGAGGGGUUUUUGAAUUCUUUCUUCUGCCCCUAGGCCACUUUUUAGUGGUCAUUUUCAUUCAUGUCUAUUCAUUCUAUUUUCUUCACAAGAUUAUUUUCCUCUCUAGGAGUUGAUGUUAGAUUUAUUGUUGUAAAAUAUGUAUUACUAUUUCAAACAUUACGAGUUGUUGCCGAACCAUUAGAAAAAUUGCUCUAUGAUCUGAGUCAGUUUAUUUGAA